GGAUUCCCAGCCAGGCAACUUCGGCCCUGAGUCACAAAUGCACAUUUGACGUGGCUUUGCGGGCUGGGAAGUCUCCAUCAUGCUCAUUGGUCUUGAGGGGCCACAUUUGCCGCCACGAGUUCGCCUGCUACAUCGCAUGCAGACGAGGGGCACGCACCGCAUUGCGCCGCACGAGAGUCCCCCUGAGCCUCGAGUUUGCUCUCAGCCACUUGCCCGAAGGUUCUCUUUCAGUUUGAGAAGUUCGAAACGCAAGUUGGGGUCGAUGAACGCCAGGCGACGAGAGUUUGUUGCAAGAGGAGAGUUGCGAUCGGAGCGGUGGCGGCAUGCAAGGUGACAGCGCCCCUCAGAAAUGCACUGCGCUGUAUGGUCUCUGACCAACACCGCACCUGCUGCCACAUUCCUGGGGAGAAGAGAGUUACUCUGUGAACCAGCUUCUGACGGGUUUCAACAGCCCCAGCUUAUCCCCCGAACUAGAAGAGGCUGCUUUCAACCAGCAACCAUGCCUUCCGCUGCGGUGCUUCCAAUGAUUGCGGCUCGCCAGCUGUCAAGCCAAACGGGCCGGGGUCGGAAACCUGCCCAGCCCCCCACGACCACCAAGAUUGCUGCGUCGUUUGCAAACGUGGAAGCCCCCAUUUUAGGGGGGAAGUCUGAGCCCAAGGUGGUACCCCCCAUGGCAGCGCCAGAAGUAAUCAGGGCAGUCCCAAUGUCAUCCAGCCUGGCUGGGAAUGCCGCGUAUGAGGUGGAGAGGAACACGCUCGAGCGCCAGCUCAGCAGCCUGGACCUGACGAUCAUCCAAGAGCCUAGCAAAGAACAGGUCGAAGCUGACAACCUCCCCCGCAGUGACAUCAUCGCCCGCAGUGUGACCAUCCUCCGCGAGAACGACUUCGGGGGCUACACCAUUCCGGCCAAGGGCCUGUACCCGUACCAGUGGAACUGGGAUAGUGCACUGGUCGCGAUGGGUUGGGCCAUGUUCGACGAGGCGCGCGCAUGGGAGGAGCUCGAGACGCUCUUCAGCGCGCAGUGGGCCGACGGCAUGGUUCCUCACAUCGUCUUCCACCGCCCCUGCUCGACCUACUUCCCAGGGCCUGACACGUGGCAGGCUGGCAGCAGCACGCACUCCAGUACGGGGAUCACCCAGCCGCCCGUGGCGGCAAUCAGCGUGCGGAAGAUCGUGGAGGGGAGCGGGAACCGGGAGGCCGCACUGCGGCGCGCGGCGGCGCUGUUCCCGAAGCUGAUGAGGUGGCAUAGGUGGUUUGUGACCGCGCGCGACCCCGAGGGGCGGGGUUUGGUGGCGACGCUGCACCCAUGGGAGAGCGGCAUGGACAACAGCCCCAUGUGGGACGAGGCCCUUGCCGCGGUGCCCGUCGACCCCAUUCCGCCGUACGUCCGCAAGGACCUCGGACACGUGGACAGCGCCAUGCGUCCGAAGCAGGCGGAGUACGACCGGUACCUGACUCUGCUGUACCGAUUCCGCGCGGUGGGUUACGACCCCGCGCAGCUGUACCACAUGUCGCCCUUCCGCGUGUCUGACGUGUGCACCAACUCGGUACUGUACCGGGCGAACCGGGACCUCCGCUGGCUUGCACUCCAACUCAACGAAACGGAAGCAGUGUUUGAGAUCGACUCGUGGCUGGAGCGCGCCCGCGCCGGUUUCGAGACCCUCUGGGACGGUUCCGCCGGAAUCUACCGGAGCCAGAACCAGCUGACCGGAACGCUCAUCCCGGCCGCCACCAGCGGCGGCUUCCUGCCGCUCUUCGCCGGAGUGCCGUCUACCGACCGCGCCUCAGUGCUCGCGGACACCAUCUCCCGGUGGGCGGAUUCCGUCCGGUAUUCCGUUCCGUCCUUCGAUCCGGCGGACGUCCGGUUCGAGCCGCUGCGCUACUGGCGGGGCCCGGUGUGGGCGAUCGUGAACUGGAUGAUCACGGACGGGUUGCGGAGUUAUGGGCACCAUAAGCUGGCGGAGCGGGUCAUACGAGAUACGCGCACGCUGACGAGCAGUAGUGGAAUGUACGAAUAUUUCAACCCGAUUGACGGCGCGGGUGCUGGGGGCAACAACUUCUCGUGGACGGCCGCCAUGUGUUUGAUGUGGCUGGACCGGAAAACGGAAGGGCAGUAGCCGGAAGCGGAACCGCAGGGUACCGUAGUACCAGAGAAGGGAACGUAAACAGCAGUCUGAAAAAGAAGCACAGACGGGACAGUUUUGUCACUUGUACAGGAACAGGGGAAAGGGUGGGGAUUCAUUCGAACCGAACAGUGCUUUCGCGCGUACGUUGCAAUUCGAAGAUGUCGGGACAUCUAAAUAAUGGGAGAAAUCAGUAAUGCCGAUUCUUUGGAUGCCACGCCGGGCUAGUAAGAAGGGUAUUGGUAAUCGAGUCAGGGCUAAUCUGGCCUCUGUUCAGACAAACUAUAGAUCAGUGUAACAUUCAUUAAACCUUUCUUAGGGCAGAUUGAAACAUGAACGCACAUUGCGGACCGUCGAAGUGGAUAUGCAAAAGAAAAGCAGUAGUAAUCAGGAUGGCCUAGUGAUUUGACGGGAAUUUGGUUCUAACAGUAGCAACAUUCUUUGUCCGGCCUACCAUUCUUCCGCGCACUUUCAAACACGAUUGUACGGUCUGUUCCAUUUAUGAACGCGG